UCAUAUAUUCAAUAUAAACAAAGUUACUAAUUGUGCAUAAGCAUAAUAAUCGCAAUGAGUUGAUUACAGUUUUAUUGUUGCAAAUGUGAAAGUUGAAAGUUGGUUAUAGAUUUUGAGCAGUUACCGUAUCCUGGUCGCACGUCGAAGAGUCGUUCAGUUGCGUACAGUGUCAUUAAAGUCCUGUAAAUGUCAAAGAUGAAGAUGGCCGAUGGAUCGACGAUUUUGAGAAGGAAUAGACCAGGAACAAAAGUUAAGGAUUUUUGUCGCUGGCCUGAUGAAGCCUUUGAAGAAAUGGAUAGUACACUGGCUGUACAGCAGUACAUCCAACAGUUGAUCCGCAAAGACCCAGCCAAUAUUGAUCUGAUCUUGAAAAUGCCAGAUGCCCAGGACGAGGGUGUCUGGAAGUAUGAGCAUCUGAGGCAAUUUUGCAUGGAACUGAAUGGACUGGCAGUGAGGCUCCAGGGCGAAUGCCAACCAGAGACUUGCAAUCAAAUGACAGCAACAGAACAGUGGAUAUUCCUUUGUGCAGCUCACAAAACUCCCAAGGAAUGUCCAGCCAUAGACUACACUAGGCACACACUCGAUGGUGCUGCUUGUUUACUCAAUAGUAACAAAUACUUCCCAAGCAGGGUUAGCAUAAAGGAGUCUUCUGUGGCCAAGCUGGGUUCUGUCUGCAGAAGGGUGUACAGAAUCUUUUCACACGCCUACUAUCAUCACCGCACCAUCUUCGAUGAGUUCGAGAACGAGACGUACCUAUGCAGACGGUUCACUCAUUUUGUGACUAAAUAUAAUCUCAUGUCAAAGGACAAUCUUAUUGUGCCAAUACUGGAAGAUGAAAAUGUCCCGGGCGAGUCAGAAGCUUAAACUAUUUUUAAAAAGACAGUGUUUUUUUUUCUUAUUAUUUAUAUAUACAUAAACAAAAACUGAAAAUAAGACGAUUUUCUUUGAGGCUUAUGUUUCAACUGAUUAACAAACAAAAUUUGCUAAUUUUUACACCUACUUAGUAUUACUUGAUUACACAAUAAUUAG